CCUCCUUCUCCAUACCCAUCCUACGACACCCAUCAGCUUACUCUUUACCCCUCACAUAGGCAUUGCUCACCACUCGUCUACCUUUCCUCGACACUCGCCAUCACUCCCCUCAUCGGAAGCUUUCUUUGGCGCAGCGCAUCGGCGGAAGGGGGGGACACCAGCCCCACCUCACCUGAGCUCACCCACCUCGCGUCUGGACACUGAAAGGCGGAUCAAUUGCGACUAUCGUCUACUUGAAUCACUUCUCGGACUCAUACGGAGACAUUCACCAUCAUCGCCAGCUGCAGCGGCUUCAUUUCGCCAGAGUGAGCCGUGAUGCAGGGUGCUCCGGAGGCCUACCCUCCUCCUGGUCAGGGUGCCUCUCCUCCUACGGCAGUCCUACCUUCUUCAACGAGCAGCUCUGGUAUCCAGGCUGCCCCUCCUACAAAUGUCUCUGCCACUACUUCCACCUCGGCCGAUGUGGCCGUGCCGCAAGCAGCAGCUCAAAGCAGCAACCUGGCCUUUUCCAGGGCAGCCGGCUCUUCUCCCGUAGCCCUUCCGCCGCCUCACUUUGCACCUGCUAAAGCUGGUGAAGCCAUGGACUCAUCGAGUGCUGGAGAGGACGACGACGAGGCAUCCGAUGCUAGCCAAGGGCCCUCAUCCUCUCAGCGACCUCUCAACGGAGCAGCCAAGGGAGCCCUAGCAGCUCAGUACGACUCGGUCAAUGCCUCCCCUGUGCCUUCCUCUUCGCGCCUGACAGAUGAGGACAGUGGCACAGACGAUGCAGGCAACGCAGGCUCUUCUGCACCUUCACACCGCCGCAAGGAAGCCUCAACGGGAAGCUCGCUGAAGCAUGUACACAGGCAAAAGAAGGGACUGGAAGAGGCGGAAGCUAAUCCUGACCUGUAUGGUCUGAGAAGAUCGGGCCGAGCGCCGAAGAAGGCCUACGUCGAUACAAAUGAUGAGAGCAGCGAGGAGGAAGAAGCUCCUGUUGGCCACAGCAGGAGCACUGCCAAGGGCAAAGGCAAAGGUAGAGUCUCUGCUAUUUCCCGAGGUCGGUCAGCUGCUAGUACCCCUCUCACCUCGGGUCUAUCGAGCGCCUCGGACGACAGCGAUGAUGCCGAUGAUCCCGACGACGAGGAAGACGAUGAGGCAGACGAAGACUUUGCGACAAAUGCCAAGGACAAGAAGGCGGCACAAGCUUCACGCAAGCGUGCCAAGAUUGCGGCAGCCAAGAAGGGCAAAAAGCAUCGAGGCGGUGGAGGAAGUAAGGCUACCUCCAAUUCUUCCCAUCGCCCUACUCCUGACGAUGAUGCAUUCCGGAUCUCGGGCAGGACAGGCAAGCGAGUAACGUACAAGGAAGACUAUGCUAAUCUGGAGCUGUCCGACGAUGAUGAUCCCUUUGAGGAUCGUGCAGCGAGGGCAAACAAGCAGCGAGCUGCCGCUGCAGAGGCAGAUGAGGAUGAUAUGACCAUCGAGCAGAUCUGCGGUCACGAGAAAGACGACGAUGUGCCUGAAGACGCCGAAGAAGAUCCGAAGGUCAAUCUGCGCUUCAUUGUCAAGUGGAAGGGCUUCUCCCAUCUGCACAACACCUCUGAGCUCUUCUCUUUCCUCAAGGGAUGUCGAGGCUUCAAGAGGGUGGAGAAUUACAUUCGCAACAUCUGGCAGCCUGCGUACAAGAGAAUGCACGAGGGCGGUGCCUCGAGAGAGGACAUCGAGGCAAUCCGAGUCGACGAAGAAAGGAUCAAGGAGGCCUUCGAGAGCUACAAGAUCGUCGAGCGCAUCGUCGCGCAGAGGGACAACCCGCCAACCAAGGAGCGGCCCUUUUCUCACCUGGCCUACCUCUGCAAGUGGAAAGGUCUCAGCUAUGCCGAGUGUACCUGGGAGGCGGAUGACGAGAUUAGGAAGAUUGCCAAACCGGCCAUCGAUGCAUACAUUGCUCGUGCGAGCUCAGGUAUGGUCCCUGCGCGUAGCGAGAACUACGGCUCUAGUCGACCCAAGUACAUCCGAAUGACGGAACAGCCGAGCUAUCUCACAGCAGGUGGACAACUCAAGGAGUUCCAAUUGACCGGUCUCAAUUGGCUUGCUUUCCUCUGGAGCCAAGGCGAAAGCGGGAUCUUGGCCGACGAAAUGGGACUGGGCAAGACUGUUCAGUCUGUUGCAUUCAUGUCUUACCUCGCUCACACGAUGCAUCAGUACGGACCAUUCCUGGUCGUUGUACCGUUGUCUACCCUCCCGGCUUGGAUCGAACAAUUCGACAACUGGGCCACCGAUCUGAACGUCAUUGCCUACAUCGGCAACAGCGAGGCUCGUGGCAAGAUUCGCGAGUAUGAAUUCGGACCACCGAAGAAGCUUAGGUUCAAUGUGCUCGUGACGACUUAUGAGUACAUCCUCAAGGACGCGAAUGAGUUGCAGGCCAUCAAGUGGCAAUUUCUAGCAAUCGACGAGGCCCAUCGACUGAAGAACUCUCAGGCUCAGCUCUACGAAGUCCUGAAGGCCUUCAAUGUUGCAGGCAAGCUCAUGAUCACGGGUACGCCACUGCAGAACAAUGUCAAGGAGCUCAUGGCUCUCAUGCACUUCCUACGUCCCGAUCAGUUCUCCCUCGACGUAGACUUCGAUGUGACCACCGCCGACCCGGAGGCUGUUGCCGCUCUUCACAAGAAGCUUGACAAUGUCAUGAUCCGUCGAUUGAAGAAGGACGUGAUCAAAGAGCUGCCGGGAAAGACGGAGAAGAUUCUGCGAGUGGAGAUGUCCGCCAUGCAACAGAAGAUGUACAAGGCAAUCCUCAGCCGCAACUACCAGAUCUUGAGUGCCGCCGGAGCUGCUCAAGUCAGUCUACUCAACAUUGCCAUUGAGCUGAAAAAGGUCUCUAAUCACCCGUACCUCUUCGACGGCUCUGAAACGCCUUCGACGGAGCGAGGUGAAAUCCUCAAAGGUCUCAUCAUGAACAGUGGUAAGAUGGUGCUGCUGGACAAGCUCCUCGCCCGUCUUAAGAAGGAUGGCCACCGUGUACUAAUCUUCAGUCAGAUGGUCCGAAUGCUGGACAUCCUCUCCGACUACAUGACGAUGAGGGGCUAUGUCCAUCAGAGGCUCGACGGAAUGGUCUCUUCUGACAAUCGCAGAAAGGCAAUUGAGCGGUUCAAUGCGGAGGGGUCUCCCGACUUUGCUUUCCUCCUCUCGACGAGAGCCGGUGGAUUGGGUAUCAAUCUCGAGACGGCCGAUACCGUUGUCAUCUUUGACUCUGACUGGAACCCACAGAAUGACUUGCAGGCGAUGGCUCGAGCUCACCGACUCAACUCCAAGAGGCAUGUCAACGUCUACCGACUGUUGACAAAGGACACAGUGGAGGAGGACGUCAUCGAACGAGCCAAGAGGAAGAUGGUCCUCGAGUACGCUAUCAUCCACCAGCUGGAUACAUCCGGUACCAACUUUGCUCCAGGCAAGAUUGGAGCGAAGGACAAGGCAGCUGUGGCUGGCGGGCCUACCAAGGAAGAUCUGGAGGCUGCUCUCAAAUUCGGUGCCAAGAGCAUGUUCAAGAACAGCGACGGCGACGAGCAGCAGAAGAAGCUGGACAAUCUGGACAUUGACGCCCUUCUUGCUGACGCCGAAGCGCACGAGACCGAGGCCAAUGGUGGUGGUGCUGCUUCCGGAGGAGAGGACUUCCUCAAGCAGUUUGCUCAGGUCCAAGACUUCAAAGCAGGAGAAAUGUCCUGGGACGACAUCAUGGGGCCAGAGGAGAUUGCACGUAUCAAGCAGGACGAGGCAGCAGCGCAGGAACAGGCUGUCAUGGAGGCUCUCCAGGCUGCGUCCAGUCGGAGAAAAGCCGCUCAGCUUGGCGAGGGAGCCUACAAGGGUGACGGAGCGGUCGUGGCUGCUCGCAAAGUGGAUUCGCCCCACCACGAUGCCGACGCAGGUAGUCAGGGCGAUGACGACAGCGACGACUCUGCCGCUGGCUUCAAAGGUAGAGGUAGAGGCGGAAGAGCUACCAAGAAGUCUGGCACCAAGUCGGUGCAGGAGAAGGCAGCUACCCUCAAUGAGCGCGAUCUACGUGUCCUAUGCCGUGGUAUCCAACGAUGGGGCAAUGUCCACCAGCGUUACGAUGAGAUUGCCAAGGAAAGCAAACUGGACAAGAAGAACCGCGCUGUCCUCUUGCAGGUCUCCGACGAGCUGAUUGCAACGUGCGAGAAGGCUGUCCAGGACCAUAAGGACUACAUUCGCGGUCGAGUCGAGAGGGGCGAGGAGAUUCUCAGUCUGCGUCAGAAAGCUGUUCUAGCUACAUUCAGAGGAGUCAAGAACAUCAACGCCGAGACGCUUCUCCAUCGCCACUAUUGCCUUCCCUACCUGGCUGAGAUGCUGCGGGAGGAAGAUGACCUCUUCACCUACAAGAUCCCCUUCGAGACAAAGCCCACGCUGGGCUGGUCGUGCGAGUGGGGAGCGGAAGAGGACUCGAAGCUUCUCGUUGGCAUCUUCCUCUAUGGUCUUGGAGGAUGGGAGGAGAUUGAAGCAGAUGCAAGAAUCGGCCUGCACGGCAAAUUCUUCCUCGAAGAGGGCAAGAACAUCAAGGGCCCGGGUGGUGGGGCCGGAGAGAAGGAGGACAAAGGCAGCCCCGAAGCCGAAGGCAAUGGCACCAAGGCGUCUAGCAAGGCAAUCCCAAAUGCAAUCCACCUGGUCAGACGCGGAGACUACCUCUUGACGUGCAUCGACGAAUUGAAGCACCCAGAGAAGAAGCAAGUCGCUGCAGAUGCUGCCCCUUCAGGUUCUGGACCCUCUGCCGCGGUGUCUUCGAGCGCCAAGCUGCCGGCUGUAAGGAAGAUCAAAAAGAGGUCGCCCUCGGAGGGCAGUCUAGCCUCUCCGGCUCCUUCGGUCAACGGACCGGGGGCAGCUGCCAGUGGCAAGUCGGUGAAAGUCAAGAAGCCGCGGCCUACCAUCGACUACUCUUCUUCAUCAUCCGAUGAGGGUCUGGACAGUAUGGACGAAGCCGAGUGCAAGGACCUCAUGCGUCCCUGCAAGAAGCAGCUCAAGACGCUCAAGAAUGAUACAGAGAAUCUCAAGGGUCCCGCCAAGCUCGCCGUCCUCAAGGAGUGUCUAGCUUCCAUCGGAUCGCGCAUCAGAGAUAUUCUGGAUGAGGAGAGCGAGGGGAAGACAAAGGAGCAACAAGCCAGGCUCGAUCGUCACCUGUGGCACUUUGUCACCUUCUUUUGGCCUAGCAAAGACGGCGUCAAAGGAGCCAAGAUCAAGGGCAUUUAUGAGAAGAUGCACGGGAUCCAAAAUGAAGACAGGGCAGCGGGAAGCGGUAUUAGCAAGAGCGGCGGUGCUGGGGCCGCUUCGAGCUCCUCGCCUGCGCCAUUGAACUCUUCGUCUUCUCUCUCGGGUCUCAGAGCCGGUCAAGCGGCCGUCGACUCGCCCUCUCCUGCGCACAACGGUGUGUCUCUGAAGCGCAAGAUUAGCGCCAAUGGCAAGUCCGACGGUGGCAGUGGUGGUCACGGACACGGGCAUGGCCACGGAGGCGGUGUCAAGGAAGAGCCGAUUCCCAAGAAAGCCCGCGCCUCUCUUGCUGCUUCGCACGGCGGCAGUGGCAAUGGAGCAGACGAGGCGCGCUACAGAGGCGCGUCGGGCUCUGCUACGCCCAAUGGUGUCAGGGAGGAGAGGGAGAGGUACGAUGUUUAUGAGAGGCAGCGCGACUCGUGGAGAGAGAGGGAGAGGGAGCGCGAGAGGGAUCGCAGGUGAGGAGGCUGAGAGGCCGGGCAGAAGUAGAUCUCUAGCGGUGUAGUGAGGUGCAUCCUUGGCCUCAAGAGAGGCGAUAGAGACGGACAGGGCGGUGGAGCUCGUACGAAUUCUCUCCCUUCAUAUCAUGUUCUCCCCCAUCCCUCGUAUGAUUUCGAACCCCCCGCAUUCCAGCAAGACCUGACAAGCGCACAUUAUGUCCCCCCCCC